AUGCGCGGGGGUGGCGUCGGCGCAGGAGCCAGGGCCCGGCAGCUCUGCAGGGCUCACCAAAGCGGCAAUUACCUGAUCCAUAUGCGCCGGGGAGUCAGGGCCUGCAUCGGGAUCGGAGCGAGCAGCAGCAGCCGGGCAGUUGCUACGAGCAGCCGCCACGGUCCGGCGCUUGUCCGGGCUGGGACGAGAGUGAGAGCGGCAGCGGCAGCGGCAGCGGCGCCGCGGCCACGGACCCUGGCCACGACGGUAGCCGACACGCCGGGCGGGCUGGGACCGCUGGAAGAGUACGACAGACGGGUACACCUCGGCCUCCUCAACAACGACGAGCACCAGCGCGGCAUCAUCGAGAGCCUGCAGCACAUGCACGACGAGCUGCGCAGGUACCACGCGCCGCCGGUGGUGUACCCCAGCGUCGAUACGCUCAAGGGCAAGUCGGGCAGGAAGGGGGGCUUCCUGUCGUCGCUGUUUGGCGGCGGAGGCCGCGGAGGCGGCGGGUCCUCGUCGCCGGGCGCCGGCGAGUCCAUACCGGAAAACCUGCCCCGCGGCUUGUACCUGUACGGGGACGUGGGCAGCGGCAAGACGAUGCUCAUGAACCUGUUCUACGAUACGCUGCCGGCGUCGGUGCGGACCAAGACGCGGAUCCACUUCCACAACUUCAUGCAGGAUGUGCACCGCCGUCUGCACAGGAUGAAGAUGGAGCACGGGAGCGACGUGGACGCGACGCCCUACGUGGCCGCCGAGAUUGCCGAGCAGGGCAACGUGCUGUGCUUUGACGAGUUCCAGUGCACCGACGUGGCCGAUGCCAUGAUCCUGAGGAGGCUGCUCGAGUGCCUCAUGUCGCACGGCGUGGUGCUGGUGACGACGUCCAACCGCCACCCGGACGAGCUGUACAAGAACGGCAUCCAGCGCGAGUCCUUCAUCCCGGCCAUCACGCUGCUCAAGACGCGGCUGCACGUCAUCAACCUCGACUCGCCGACCGACUACCGCAAGAUCCCCCGCCCCGCGUCGGGCGUGUACCACACCGCGCUGGACGCGCACGCCGAGUCGCACGCCCGGAAGUGGUUCGAGUUCCUGGGCGACCCCCGCGAGGCCGCCAGGUGGCCGCCCCGGUCCGAGGUGCAGACCGUCUGGGGCCGCGACAUACUCGUGCCCCGCGUCAGCGGCCGGUGUGCCUGGUUCACCUUUGACCAGCUGAUCCGCCAGCCCAAGUCGGCCGCCGACUACCUCGAGCUUGUGCGCCACUACGACGCCUUCAUCGUGACCGACGUGCCCGGCAUGAACAUCCAGCAGCGCGACCUGGCCCGCCGCUUCAUCACCUUCAUCGACGCCGUCUACGAAGGCAACGCCAAGCUCGUCCUCACGGCCGAGAAGCCCCUGAGCGAGCUGUUCGUCUCGCGCGACGAGAUUGCCGAGUCCCUCCUCAAGCACGACCAGGACACCAAGGACAGGGAGGCGGCCGCCGUGGCCGUCGCCGGCGGCAGCAUCUCCGACGCCCAGGCCAGCGUCGAGAAGCUCAAGAACUCGGACCUGUUUGCCGGGGAGGAGGAGGCCUUCGCUUUCGCUCGCGCCCUGUCUCGCCUGAGUCACAUGGAGAGUAAGGAAUGGGUGGAGAGGGGCAUGGGUCUCGAGGCCAACGGCGGCAAGCAGGACAAGGAAAAUUGGUCCAAGACGAGGAGUCGGCAGUACGAGGAUUCGAGGUGA